AUGCCCGCGAGGCCGGCGCCGACCACCCCGAUCUUGAGCUUCUUGUCGGACACGACGCCCGUGCCGCGGAUCGCGCGCCCCAUCAGGUCCUCAUUCAGAAACGCGUCGUUCCCAACCUGCGACUUUGCGCCGUCCGAGGUGAAGGUGGCGCCCGAGACGUGGGCCGGGCCAGACAUGCUGCGGGCGGGCCUCGCCUCAAUGUCCGACUUCGACGCGUUUGCAGCGCGGCUGCUGCUGCUCGGCCUGCUUCUCGGCCGGCGCGUCGUCAUGCCGCCGCUGCCAAAGGAUGCGCGCUGGGCGGAGCGAGCUAUCGAGCCGCGUCACCUGAGGGCGAUCGAGGUCGGGUGCGGGCCGGACAAGCAGCGCGUCUGGCUCCCCAUGCCGCACUUCAAGGAGCCGUGGUGCAGCGGGGUCGACUUUCUGUACGAGAUCGACUACCGCGCCGUCGCCCCCUCCAUCCCGCCCGCGGACGUGUCCCACAUCGCCGCCGCCUCGCUCCGCGUGGCGCCCGAGUCGGCCGCCGGGGCGCUCAUCACCAUGUCGGACGGGGCGAGAAGACACACGCCUUCGCCCCCCCGACCGCCCGAGUUGCCUGCCGCGUCUCUUCACAGCACGCCCGCUGUGAACAGGCGACCCCACCCGCCUCGCGCGUGCUCGUCCUCAACGCGGCGGGCGGCGGCGGCGGCGGCGGCUCGCCGCUCGGCUGGCUCCCGAUCGACGACUGGAAGCGGAACGAGUGGAAGGGUCCGUUUGCACGCCGCGUGCGGCCGGCGCUCGAGGCGGCGGGGCUCGAGAACCUCAGGAUCGUGCGCGAUUGCAUGCACUCCCUCGCGACGAGCAGGGACUAGACUUGCUCGACGGGCGCGCGCCGGAGCAACACGCCAAGAUCACCGCAGUGCAGCACGACGGGGGGGGAAUUCGGCACAUGUCUCACAUGCGUCUGCAGGUUUGUUGCUAGCUUUUAUAUGCGGUUCUG